UAAUAGUGCAGUUGCAGUGUCACUGAAGUCACUGUCACUAGUGUCAGAACUGUCAGAUCAAGUUAUGGCGCACUUUUUUAUCCAGCAUGUUUUAAAAUAUAGGUUUAAAUAAUUAUUUUAAGUUUCAAGUUUAUGUUGCGAUUUUAUUUUACAUUCUUAUUAUAAAUCUCAUAUCAGUGCGAUAAUAGUGCAAUGUUUUCUUGAGUAUGACUGAUUUAUUGUUGAACUUAAAAAUGUUUUCGAAUUCAACAAGGGGUUGAAGCCAUGAAGAGUAUAAGGAACUAUUUCUCCAGCCCAACAAAAGAUGCCAAUGGAAUUACAGCUGAUAGUACUAUACAUUAUGAAAAUUUACUGGACACUUCAAAUAAUGUUACCCCAUAUUCUCCAAAGAUUGAGAAUUCAAAGUCUGAAAUAACAGCAGUGAAUGGAAAAACUGAGGCAUCCACAAAAAAACAUAAGAAGAAAUCAAGGAAAGAGAAAUGUCGAAAACCUUCAGAUCCAGCAGUGAAGAACAUUGCUCAGUUAUUCUCAAAUAGUUUGUAUCUAGUGUCACCUGAAAAAAGUAAUUCUACUGAAAUAUCCAAACACUUGAAUGAUUCUCUCAUGCUGCAAGGUACUAUAGUUCCUAGCUGUAAUGAAAUAGACAGGAUAACAAAGUUUAUAACUGAACCAAAUUCACCAAUCAAUAUGAAUCCUGAAGUCUUUUGUGAAGUGGAUGUUUUAAACAAAUCUGACAAAGCAGGAAUUGAUAAUUCCAAGCAAAAUGCAUUUAAGCUUAUGAUGGAUAGUAGAAAUAAAAGUAUUGGUAUGAAUUCUCCUGGCAAAGAAGUAAUGCAUGAUACUUUUGAUACCAAAAUCAAGAAAGAAAAACUGACUGCACAAAGAAAUUUGUUGAAUGAUUGGGCUGAACAGAAAGGUGCUUCAAAAAGGAAAAGGGAAGCAGCCCAACUCGAUGAAGUAAUCAGUCAUAAAUUAGAUAAAAGAGCUAGAAGACUGAAAACAUUAUUGAAUAUUGAAGAUCCUCUAGUAGAAGUUGACCUGAGGGUUCCAAAGAAACAAAGUAAAAGGAUUUUGCAUAUUCCAAGUAGUAGUGGAUCAGAUAGUGAUUUUGAAGUGGAAUUGACUGGGAGAAAAAAUAAAAAAAUAAAUUACAUAUCCAGAAAUUUGAAUAAUAAAUCAAAAAAGGAAAAUAUUGAAUAUAUUCCCAGUUCUGUAGAGAGUGAAAAUGAUGUGUGUGAGCCUCUACCAGUAUUUGAAAAAGCUGAAAGCUCAUCUUCCCCUAAGAAGAUUGAAAAAAAAUCUGAAAAUGAUGUGUUCAAUAGUGCAAAAUCCAAAGAAUGUAGCAAAAGUAUUCUCAGUUUUUUUGGAGUGUCAUCUAAUUUGAAAAAUAAUUGUGAGGUGUCUGAUAUCUCAGACAAAACCAUUAUUCAAGGGGUUCCCCACAAAGCUGAAAUAAAUGUAUGUGAUCAGGAAAAGUAUAGUAAAAGUUCAUUCAUGAAGAAAAAUGAACCUGUUGAAUUGCUGAGUGAUGAGGAUACAUCUAACAAAAUAGAUGUUAUUUCAUCCAAAGUGUGUCCCAAAUCUUGUAAAAAUAGGAGAAAAAAGAAAAAAAUAGAAAAUGAAAACUGUGUUGAUGAAUCAAGUCAGGACAUCACACUUCGUCGUUUGCGAUCAUGGAAAAUAAAAAUUAAUCUGAGUGAGAUUAAUGAUAAAUCACAUGAAACUGAUCAUGGAAUUGAGAGAGUUGACAAGAUGGCUGCAGAAGCAGUUGAAAGCACCAUUGAUGCCUCGAUUGGAAGUGCUAUCGAUAUUUCAUCUGGAAGUGAAGAUUUUUGUACCGAAAAGAAAUCAAAAAAUAGGGUUAAAGUGGCUCCUGUAUUCACCAAAUCGACGCCAAAACCCAAAGAUGACCCGAUAGUAAUUGAGGCUAGAAAAAAAUUUCUGAUGAGUGGAAUCCCUACUAUGUUGAAAAAAGUUGUUGAUAAGGAACAGAGCCUUACAGAGCGAGAAUUCGUGAUAUUUCCAACAGUAAGUCAUGUUCAGCAAAAAUGCAGUAACAUAUUUUGGGACCUACCAUUUCCCAAACUGGACUUGAAGAAAACUCUUCCGUUUGACACGAAGCAUUAUGAUUUAAGAUUCAGAAAUCUAACGAAAUGUUCUAUCAUUCAAAAGAUGAAUAUUCAAACAGAAGUAGAAAAAAUUGACAAACUCAAGUUGCUUCUGAACAGAAUCAAAAGGGAUAAUCCUGAUUACCCUGUCUACAAAUCGUACAGAAUAAUUUCCGAAAAAUGCGGUGAUAAAUUUAAAGAAACUGAAGAACGUAAAUCGAGGACUAAACGAGGUAGAGGCAAGAAGAAACAAAUCACAAGUUCAGGAAAUACUGAGUAUUCGGUGGUUGAAGCAGAAAAAAAUGAUGUUGAGUUCUCAAUGUGGACUGACAAGUAUAAACCUAGAUGUUCUGAUGACAUAAUAGGGAAUACUGAGGCUAUUAGGAAUUUGAAAAAGUGGCUCGUAACCUGGGUGAACUUUAGCCAGGAAAUAAAUUCGAGGAAGAGAAGAGACGAUUGCAGUGAAUCUGAAUUCGAAUCAACAGAUUGGGAUAGUAGGGAUAGCAUGGCGUUACCCGGUAACACUGUUGUCUUAGGAGGCCCUUGUGGUAGUGGCAAAAGUACAGCUGUCUAUGCUAUCUGCUCAGAACUGAAUAUUAAUCUCAUUGAACUGAAUGCUUCUAGUAAAAGAACUGGCAAAACAUUAUUACAAAAAAUCCAAGAAGCAACCCGUUCCCAUCAAGUUAGAAAGAAAGAGACACGUAAUUUCCAAAACUUUUUUGGAGACGCUUCAAAAGCAAACUCGGAGAAUCUACAGAGCCAGACUGAUAAAAAAAUGGUAGUGAUCUUGAUAGAAGAUAUAGACGUUGUCUUCGAGCAAGACGAGGGAUUCAUUCCAGCUUUGACCCAUCUUAUAACAACUAGCAAGAGGCCAAUCAUUUUAACGACCACUGACUACAACUCUGUAUUUGUUCAAAAGUUUCUUAGUCAGUAUGAGUACAUACCCUUCUUGCCUUUAGCAUCCUACUCUCUCUCGACUUGGCUGCAAAUUCUAUGUCUGGUUGAGGGCAUCUACAUUGAUAAAAAUGACGUAGUUAUCCUGCUAGAUUGCAAUGACGGGGAUGUGCGAAAAACACUUCUAGAACUUCAAUUUUGGGUCAAAUCGGGCGGCCAGAUAAAUAGAACUGAAAUUCUAAUCAAGAUGGAUCAUAAACGUUCCAGUUGUGGAGAACAAUUAGUUGAAGAUGAACAGAUGCAUCAUUUGGCAUUUCCAGAUGAGAAUAAUGAAGAUAACAUUUUUAUGCAUAGGAAUUGUAUCAAAAGCUUCAAAUUAUUUGAGUUUCAAACACCAUUCAUCAUACCAUUUUAUUUAAACUUAGGAGUGCUUUGGUGGAAUAUUCCUAAUAUUAUAGGGAUACCUGAUCAUUCUAAAGCAAGAGUUGAUAAGUUUAUAGAAGCGAUAGAAGCAAAAGAAGUGCCAAACAUGAGUCGAAAAAUGACUGGAACUGAGAAAAAGAAAUUCAAGUCAGUUACCCAAUUUUAUGACUUACUCUCUUUCACAGAUGUAAUGUUCAGAAAAGUUAACUAUUCUGACACUGCAGAGCCUAUUGUGAGGAACUAUGGUUAUACAUUGAGCAAUAGUUUGGAAUUAGGAGAAAAAUAUGAUUCAUAUGAUGGAAAUAUAGAUUUUGUACAUGAAUUAUGUCACAACUUAGUGAAUCGAUUUGUGAAGGUGCAUAAUAGAAUUGAUGGAGGUAUAUCCAAAUUGAAUAUGUCAGCUCCUGAUAGGACAGAAAGAAGGUGGAGAGCUAAACAACACCACUGUGCAGAUGCUUUUCAGGAUGCGAUAUCUUUAUCGAAUCAUCUAGAAAGAAAUUCGGUUUCCUUGGAUUACAUUCCUGCACUACGUAAUAUCUCUAGGACAGAGUUUAUUAGAGCAGCAAGCAACACAAAACGUGGCAAUCGUUUCAGAAAUUAUCUUAGAGAUUUAGGUCUGAAUCGUAAUAGCAACGUUCUCACAGUAGCAUGUAAUAUACUGAAGGAUUUAUAAUUGUAUGUUGAGGGAUUUUAUUCGGGGUGACCACAAACAUACGGUAACACCAGUUAUAGGUUCAUGGUUCAUAGCACAUAGUAACUUAGCACACAUUUUGGAAAGUUGAUUUUACUUGGUAUCAUUUUGGGUUCAAGUGAAAAUAGAAAAAACUUUAUUCUUUAAAUUUUGAAUGUAUGACAAAUUGAUAUUCAUCAUACAGGACGUGGAAAGAAAUUCUAAAUUGAGAAAAUCUAAUCACGAAUCUGCGAUUGAAGGUAAAAUAACAAGUUUCCAUCGUUAAAGUUUGAACCCCUUGAUUGGGUGAAAUCAUUGAAAAGGAAUAUUCUUAGAUAAAUUAUGAAUAUAAAAAA